CGAACAAUAACACAUGUACCAUGGAGUAAAUAAUCAUUUUCUUUGAUCAUGGUGAGAUAUAAAAUACACAGAGUACGGUUUGUACCUUACAUGCCACAAGCUAUUCAUUGUUUAGCCGUUGAAGGAAAGAAAAAGCCAAGAAUUGCUGUUUCAAGAGCUGACAGUAGCAUUGAAAUAUGGAAUAUUGAGGAUAAUUGGUAUUUGGAAAGGAAAAUACCUGGAUGUAAUGAGUCAUCUGUUGAAGCUCUCGUCUGGUCAAAAUCUCGUUUAUUUUCAUCUGGACUUCACGGUGAGAUCACGGAAUGGGACCUCAAUAGACUUGAUGCAAAGACAUGUGUUGACUCCUAUGGUGGAGCAGUGUGGAGCCUUGCUGUAAACCAUGAACAAACAUUGAUGGCUGCUGGCUGUGAGGAUGGUUGUGUACGGCUGUUUGACAUUACCUCAGAAGAAAUUGAAUAUGCUCGAGUUUUUAGCAAACAAGAAGGUCGCAUUCUGUCACUUUGUUGGCAUAAAGAUGGUCAAAUCUUGGUGGCAGGUGGAUCAGAUGCGACCAUUAGGGUAUAUGAAGUUUCAACAGGUCAUGCUAGGCUUUGUAUUACACUCGACACUUCUUCUCAAAGAAAAGCUCUAGUUUGGUCUCUGGUAGUGACAAACAAUUUUACUAUCAUCAGUGGUGAUUCUUCAGGGAAAACACAAUUCUGGGAUGGUAAACUAGGGACAUUAAUUAAGAGUUUCAAUGUCCACACAGCUGAUGUUCUGGCUGUGUGUGUUAAUCAGCAAGAAGACACAGUGUAUGCCUCUGGUGUGGACAACAAAUUGGUGCAGUUUAGACUUGUUACUGAUGAGGAAGGAAGCAAAACUUGGAGCAGAUCAAUUUCUACAAGAGCACACACACAUGAUAUAAGAGCUUUAGCGAUGAUCGAAAGCGUGGAUCAACCAUUUCUUGUUUCAGGAGGUGUUGAUACAAACAUCCUAGUGUACUCCACAGCAAAAUAUGGAUCAGAUCCAAGGAAAAUUCCAGCUUAUCCAUUGACACCAGCAAUCCAUCUUGCAAGCCAGUCUAAUAUAUUAAUGUUUCAAAAGACAACAGUGCUUCAUCUCUGGAGACUUGGAGAGACAGUGGAUGAAGAGAGUUGUCAUCUUGAGAAGAAUCCGUCGUAUAUGUUACAAAUAGAAGCCAAGAGCUCCAAUCACAUUGUCUGUUCUGCAUUGUCUGGUGAUGGUUUAUGGACAGGAUUCUCAGAUGUCCAUCAUGUCAGCCUGUUUAUGCUUAAUCUGGAGGAUUCAAGUUCUUUACUUGUUCAGCAGGCCAAAUACUUGCCAGAAGAAAUCUUACCAGCACAUCACAUGAAAUUCACCCAAGACUGCUCUAAACUUAUAACAAUCACAAUGAAAAAGUCAUUACAAGUGAUUCAUCUCAGCAAUGAUUCAAUAACAGUUGAAACAGUAGAGUUUCCCAUCAGCAGUAGCGCAAUUGACUACAAAGAUUUAGAUUUCUAUGCUCCAGUUACAUCACUAACAGUCAGCUCAGAUGGUAGUCUAUGUGCCAGUGCUGACACAGAAGGCUGUGUCCAAGUCUUUGAUAUACACAACACAAAGCAUCACAACACUUUGCCGAGAUUUUCAAGACAGGUAACAGCCAUGGCUUUUCAACCUGAAACAAAUAUCUUGGCGCUAGUGACAACAAAUAAAGAAGUGUUUAUGUUCAACAUUGAAAAGAUGAAAAUGACAAAUUGGUCAAAGAAAGCUUCAAAGAACAGUCUUCCACAGCAGUGGCAAGGAAGGCAUACGAAAGUUGUCAAUAUUUUGUUUGAUCCUUAUUGUAAAGACAUCAUGUUGCUUCAGAGUCACGAUAUGUUUGUAUUGCUGGAUACAACCAAGCCGUUACCACCUAAAAGUAUAAAACUCUUUGAGACAAAGCGAGAGAAGUUUAAAGCUCGUGUUGGCAGGAAAAGAAGACACAAUGGUUCUGAUUCUGAACAACAGCAGAUUGAGCAAUCUGAGGCUUUCAAAGUAUGCAAGAAAUAUCAACCCUUGCUGUUUCUUGGUGUGAAUGAGGAUAAAUCAUUGGUGAUUGUUGAAAGAUCUUGGUUAUCAAUCAUGGAGAACUUACCCCCGACGCUGCACCGCAAACGAUAUGGAACAUAAAGAGUGUUAGUGCCUCCUCCCCCUAGCCCCCCCUUCCUUACCCCCUCCCUCACACCUCUUGAUUCUUGAAUGCUACUUCAAUAUGGCGAUUGAUUUUACCUCAGUAUGAUUGCAAUAAAGAAGUGGGAAUUCAAUAAAUGAUCUCUAGCUAGCUACAGGCAACAAACCCAGAACUGGAUGAAAAAUAUUUUAAGUUUCCUUUCACCACAACUCAAAAAAU